UCCUUCUCCAGGGGACUUCUGCGUGUUAGAUGGAGCCUCGAUGUCCUACCUACAUUUUUCUGCUCUUAAUUUUUCUUUCCUGGAUCUGUACCCGUUGCCAUAAUUGCUAUUGUUACAGCCGCCGUAAUGGAAAAAAGAUUCAUCUUGGAGACUGUCAGCGCGGCUCUUUGAGGCUGCCUUUGAGUGGCGCAGGCUAUUGCUCGCCGUGUGGUUUGCCAGGGCAGCUGAGCUGCUGCAACCGCUAGCCGCUGCUGCAAGGUGCGGGCCCGGCCCCAUCCCAUGUGCUGCUGCUGGCACUGGAGCCCAAACUGGGCAUAAAGCUCCCCCCACCAAAACAUGAAGGGGUUUUUGUGUGCUCAGCUCCCCGUUCCAGUUCGCUGUGGGAUCAGAUGAAUGAGUGAGCGCGAGCCCAGAUGGAAAGGAAGAGGAACAAAACGCGUGAAAGGUGGCUGGAGAGCUGGACCAGCCCCUUGGCUCCAGCUCUUAGACGUGCAGAGCGCUGUCAGUGUCCUCCCAGAACUCAAGACAUUUUCAACUGGAGCGCAGACGGUGUCGGAGGCAGAGCUGAAAGGAGCAGAGGUUCUGCUGGGAGGGGACCCCGGGAUGUGCUUACCCUGGGGCUGCAUUCAGGAGCAUACGACCAUUCCUGCCCUUGCAUUACAAGAUUAAUAAAGUCUUUCUGAGUAAUUCCAAAAAUACUAUCCAACAUGCCUGAGAAUCCGGCUGCAGAUAAACAGCAGGUGCUGCAGAUCCUCGAUCGUCUGCAAGCAAAAUUGCGUGAGAAACGAGAUGCCCAGCAUAAUGAAAACCUGACUGUUUUGCGUAACACGCUCAGGAGCCCUUUGUUUAACCAGAUACUGACCCUCCAGCAAUCCAUCAAGCAACUGAAGGAGCAACUCAAUUAUAUGCCUCCUGACUGGUCAGGAGAUUUUGAUUUUACCAAAAGAGGGCUACUAGUGUUUGCUGACAAAUCAGUUGCUGCUGGAAGCGUGUGUAUACCUCGCAGUUCACCUGAACCCAGAGCAUCUACCUUCAAUCCCAACCUGGGAGUUAAUGAAUUCAAUGCAAUCAUCCAAAAGAUGGCAAAGGGGAGACAAAUAGAAUCGAUAAAGAUUGAAAAGCCUUCUGUUGGAGGUCUUGGAUUUAGUGUGGUUGCCCUUAAAAAUCACAGCUUGGGAGAAGUUGGUAUCUUUGUCAAGGAAGUCCAGCCAGGAAGCAUAGCUGACAGGGAUCAAAGACUAAAGGAAAAUGACCACAUACUGGCCAUUAAUUGCACCCCAUUGGAUCAGAACAUUUCCCAUCAGCACGCUAUUGCACUCCUCCAGCAAGCCACAGGAUCUUUACAUCUGGUUGUUGCUAGGGAGCCAGUUCAAGGAAACAGCAGAACUUCGUCUGUCUUAUUAAGUGAUAUAAAUCCACCUGAGACCAUUCACUGGGGCCAUGUUGAAGACGUUGAGCUGAUUAACGAUGGCUCGGGAUUAGGCUUUGGAAUUGUAGGAGGAAAGACGAGCGGUGUAGUUGUAAGAACGAUUGUUCCUGGGGGAUUAGCAGAUCGGGAUGGGAGGCUCCGAACAGGAGAUCACAUCUUACAGAUUGGAGGGACCAACGUGCAGGGAAUGACCAGCGAACAAGUUGCACAAGUGCUGAGGAACUGUGGGAAUUCUGUUAGGAUGAUAGUUGCAAGAGACCCCAAGUGUGAAAUUACUGACAGCCCGCCAGCUCCUGUGAGCUGGCCCGUUAGUAGGUUACCUCCCUUUCAGAAUGGAAGCGAUAAUGCCAACCUUUUUGAGACCUAUGAUGUUGAACUUAUAAAAAAGAACGGGCAAAGCCUGGGAAUAACAAUUGUUGGAUACGCUGGCACAUGUGAUUUAGAACCUUCAGGGAUUUUUGUGAAAAAUAUAAUUCCUGGUAGUGCUGCUGACCACAACGGCCAAAUUCACGUUCAUGACAAAAUUGUUGCGGUUGAUGGAGUUAACAUACAGAAUUAUACCAACCAAGAAGUGGUGGAGGCAUUGCGUAACACAGGACAGGUCGUACGCCUUACCUUACUUAGAAGGAAACCUUCUUCUACCGUUUCUUCAGAAAGAUGUUCAGUGCAGCCAACUGUUCCAGCCUUAGUAUCCCCUGGAGCUGUAGGGACUGAAACUAGUGUGGACAGUAAGAAUGAGGAAAUCCAAAAACAGAAGGAUAAUUUUCAGACUGAAAAGAAGCAAAGCCUGCAUACAUCAGGAAGAGUCCCAUUUCCUCCAGCAUAUGAGCUGAAAUCCAAGUGGGAAAACCUGCUGGGACCUGAAUAUGAAGUUAUGGUUGUGAAUGUGGAUAUGCCCAUUACGGAUGACUCAGAGCUCCAGAAGUACUCAAAGCUAUUACCCAUCCACACUUUGAGAUUAGGAGUUGAGCUUGACACGUUUGAUGGGCAUCAUUACAUCUCAUCAAUUGCUUCAGAUGGCCCUGCUGCAACACUUGGUCUUCUGCAACUGGAGGAUGAACUUCUAGAGGUAAAUGGAGUUCAGCUGUAUGGAAAGUCACGCCGUGAGGCAAUCACUUUUCUGAAAGAAGUGCCACCUCCUUUUACGAUGGUUUGCUGUCGGCGACUUUUUGAUGAUGGCAGUGAGUCUCUUUUGGAUGAACCCAUUGUGGAAGUUUCACCUCCAGAACAAAAGGUGAAACCUGAGGAAGACAUUAAUCCUGAAGAAGAAGAAGGGGAAUUAGCAUUAUGGUCUCCUGAUGUGAAGGUUAUUGAACUAGAGAAAGACAAAAAUGGCUUAGGAUUCAGCAUUUUAGACUAUCAGGAUCCCUUAGAUCCAACAAGAACAGCCAUUGUGAUUAGCUCUUUGGUGGCAGGUGGAGUAGCUGAACGUGGUGGCGAGCUUUUACCGGGGGACCGUUUGGUCUUUGUCAAUGAGAAAUAUUUGGACAGCGCAACUUUGGCAGAGGCAGUGGAAGUAUUGAAAUCUGUACCUCCAGGAAGAGUUUCUCUUGGAAUCUGCAAACCUUUGGUGGGAGAAAACAAAGAGGAACAGAACAUGCACGGUGUCGAUACCAGAAGCAUUAAACCCAGCCCUGGAUCUCCAGAGCCAACAGAUAAUUUCUCAAUAAUACUUGAAGCACCACAGGGCUUCAGAGAUGAAACACCUUUUAAAGAAGAAGCUGUUGAUGAACCGAUUUUGGACUUGGGAAGGUCAUUCCAGCUUUCUAAAAAUGACAAUGAGUACGAGAAGGAGUCCUGGGAGAUGCGUGAAUUUUGGAAACCCAGAACAGAGGACGUGGAUGAGGAACGGGAGAUGUUGGUGGACGAUGUGUAUGAAGAUCAUUUAGACUUCCUGAAAUACAAUGCAUCGCAUCAGCAGGAAGCAGGCUCAGGGAAGAACCUCAGUACAGAACAAUGGGCUGAGAAACUUGAGACAGAUAAACCACAAGACUUCAGAUCUAGUGUUAACUUAAGUCCAGAGCAGUCCCUGGAAUACCCAUUCAGUAAGGAGCAAAUGUACGAAGAAAAUGCUAGCGUAAGUUCGCUGUCUUCUGGAACUACAGCACACAGCAGCUAUCAAAAAGGCAGAUUGGAUACUGAAGCUACCCAGUCAGGAACAGAAAAACAGAUGGAUUUAGGUACGAAGCUUUGGGUCGACUCUAAAGUAACUGAGCUUGCCGUUGACCUAGAAGAUAUUGAAAAGGAAGAACUAAAAGGGGAGGAUUUCAUUUUUUCCAGCAACCAGCAAUCUGGGAGAGUUACCACAUUAGCUCAACCUAGAAGAGCAUCAUACAGUGAACUGCCUGAGAGAGAAGAAGGAGAAGGAGAAGAAACUCCAAACUUCAGCCACUGGGGACCACCACGGACUGUUGAGAUCUUCAGAGACCCACACGUGUCUCUUGGAAUCAGUAUUGUUGGUGGACAAACCGUCAUAAAGCGCCUGAAGAAUGGAGAGGAACUUAAAGGGAUCUUUAUCAAACAAGUUUUGGAAGACAGCCCAGCAGGAAGAACGAGGGCUUUAAAAACUGGAGAUAAAAUACUUGAGGUUUCUGGGAUAGACCUACAGAAUGCCACACACGAGGAAGCAGUAGAAGCUAUCAAGAAUGCGGGAAAUCCUGUUGUGUUCGUAGUUCAGAGUUUGUCUAACUUACCAAAAGUGGUUUCUGCUGUACAGCCUAAGGGAAUCAAAGUCAGCAAAGAUCAGGAUGCAAACAAAGAAAACAAGAGUGAAAAGAGAAAGUAUGGGGCUCCACCUCCGAUGAAAUUGCCGCCUCCUUAUAGAGCACGUGAAAGAUUGCCCUCAGAAGAAGCUAACGUGGAUGAAGAGGAGGAAGAGCCUUCUGCAGAGAAAAAAAUCAGGCAAAGAUAUGCAGAUCUACCGGGAGAGUUGCACAUUAUUGAGCUUGAGAAAGACAAAAAUGGGCUUGGACUGAGCCUUGCUGGCAACAAGGACCGAUCUCGUAUGAGCAUCUUUGUGGUUGGGAUCAAUCCAGACGGACCUGCGGGACGAGAUGGGAGGAUGCAUAUUGGCGAUGAGCUUCUAGAGAUAAACAAUCAGAUAUUGUAUGGAAGAAGUCAUCAGAAUGCUUCUGCAAUAAUUAAGACCGCCCCUUCAAAGGUCAAGUUAGUUUUCAUACGAAAUGAAGAUGCCGUCAAUCAGAUGGCUGUUACUCCUUUCCCAUUGCCUUCCAGCUCCCACUCUUCUAUUGAGGAUCACGGUGGCACCGAAACUGCAAGCAGUGAAGAAGACCCAAGCUUGGAUGUUGUCAUGAAAAGCCUGACUGAUGAGGAAUCCAAUAAAACUGAAGUGAAAUGUAAAACUGACAAACCAGUGUUGGUGGACCAGUCGGAAGCAGAGGAGCAGCUCCCAGAAAAUGUUCUCAACCAGAUCAAGCAAUCUAAAUCUUCAACAAAAACAUCCGUCAACUUGCAGGAGAUACCUCUGGUGUCAGCACCUACUUAUCUUCCUCCAGACACAGAAGUCACCAGCCGCAGUGUCUUUCCACCUCUAUUGCCUGUGGAUCCAUCAACAUGUCCUAUUGUUCCUGGGCAGGAGAUGACUAUAGAGAUAUCCAAGGGUCGGUCAGGGCUUGGACUCAGCAUUGUCGGAGGGAAAGACACUCCCCUGGAUGCCAUCGUGAUCCACGAAGUUUAUGAAGAAGGGGCAGCAGCCAGAGAUGGCAGGCUUUGGGCCGGAGAUCAAAUCCUUGAGGUGAACGGGAUCGAUUUGCGGAACGCCAACCACGAAGAAGCUAUCACUGCGCUGAGACAGACGCCUCAGAAGGUGCAAUUGGUUGUUUACAGAGAUGAAGCUCAUUACAAAGAUGAAGAAAAUUUAGAGAUCUUCCAUGUAGAUAUUCAGAAGAAAACAGGCCGGGGACUAGGGCUCAGCAUAGCUGGAAAACGAAAUGGAAGUGGAGUGUUUAUCUCUGACAUUGUUAAAGGAGGAGCUGCAGACCUAGACGGAAGAUUAAUUCAAGGAGAUCAGAUUUUGUCUGUUAAUGGAGAGGAUAUGAGAAAUGCCUCACAAGAGACUGUUGCCACUAUACUUAAGUGUGCCCAAGGCCUAGUGCAUCUCGAGCUUGGGAGGUUGCGAGCUGGAUCAUGGCUGUCAGCACGGAAAACAUCCCAAAACAGUCAGGCGAGCCAACAGAGUGGCCACAGCCACUUCCACCCCGCACUCGCUCCGGUCCUCUCUACCUUGCAGAAUUUUGUCAGCACGAAAAGGUCUUCAGCAGAUGUCUCUCAGAGAAACUCAGUAGGAGCAGAUACGGGCCCAAGGACUGUGGAGAUAACAAGGGGACCAAAUGAUGCACUUGGUAUCAGUAUAGCAGGAGGGAAGGGGAGUCCUUUGGGAGAUAUUCCCAUCUUCAUUGCUAUGAUUCAAGCCAGUGGUGUGGCUGCACGUACCCAAAGACUCAGAGUUGGAGAUCGGAUUGUCAGUAUUAAUGGGCAACCUUUGGAUGGGCUGUCUCAUGCAGAUGCUGUUAAUCUACUAAAGAAUGCUUAUGGGAGCAUUAUCCUGCAGGUUGUGGCUGAUACCAACAUCAGUGCUAUUGCGACCCAGCUGGAGAGCAUGUCUGCGGGAUGCAACCUCAACUCUUCUUCUGAGCAUGCUUCUGAAGAUCCUGAAGCACCUCAGCCUAAGAUUAUUACUUUGGAGAAAGGCUCUGAUGGACUGGGAUUUAGUAUUGUAGGGGGGUAUGGAAGUCCCCAUGGAGACCUGCCCAUUUAUGUCAAGACUAUAUUUGCCAAGGGAGCAGCUGCGGACGAUGGCAGACUGAAGCGUGGCGAUCAGAUUUUAGCGGUUAAUGGGGAGGCUUUGGAAGGUGUUACUCAUGAGCAAGCUGUAGCUAUUCUGAAGCGCCAGAAAGGAACUGUGACAUUAACGGUGUUAUCAUGAAUGUCAUUGCGCUUGCAGAGAUAAAUACAAUUAUUUUAGAACAUCAGUAGAGCUAUAAUAAUACCGUUCAGCCCUGAGCCGGAUGUAAAGCAAACUCUGGCGAAAAUUAAUCAGUAUUCACCCCAUUGCCAGAAUGGGUAGUGUGCAUCUUGAGCUUCAUUUAGCCUUCCCCAUCGAUCAACGUUUUCCCCACCCUCCCCUACUUCUGGUGGCUUUUAAGUUUCCCCUGGACAAGUCUAAUUAAGAAACUUCAAAGAAUAACAUCAGUUUUACGUUCUGCUUCAGUUUAUCCCCACCGGUCUGAACCCAGAUACAACUGCUGAACCUGGGCUCUGUUCGCACACAAAAGAGAAUUUAGAUCAUCAGCUGAUCUCAUCUGAUGAGCAGAAAUAAACGCUGAGUGACUUGUCAUCUCACUCAUGAUUUACUUAUGCUAAUUGUCCUUUCAAGUAUGCCAGAAAACAUUAGCAAUGUAAUUAAAUUACCACUGUUCCAAAUGAUGAAAUAUCAAAUUCUCCUCUGGGAAAUUAUUUGUGCUCGGCACAGUAAGUCUGAUAGUCAAAUGUGAACUUCUCAUGUUUAUCUCUUUGGGUAGGUCUAUGGAAGUUAGUCAGAGGUAAUUACUGUGAUGUGUCAAUUUGCAGCCUUUAGCAUGAAAAAUAAACUAGGGGAGAGGCGAUUUUUUUUUUUUUUUAGGCUUUUAAAACAUUUGAGCCUUUUCAGAUAUUUAAGCAGCAUGAACAACAACGUAUCUCGUUCUAAUUAUAUUUUUAAAGGAGAAAUGUGCUGAUACACGCCAGGCAUGUUGCAUACAAAGACAGUUGUUGUUGUGCCAAGUUGCAGCAUAAUUGUUCAUCCUGAAACUUUAAUGAAGACAAAAGUUUGCUUAGGCAACGUGAUCCAAUAAUUCUAGUAAUGAUGGUGAGCUGCCCCUCUGCACAUUGUCUUUAAGGCUAGAUGAAGUUAAUCCAAACCAGCAAACCAUUUCCAGGAGGCUCCAUGGGAACAGAUAGCACAGGAAGAGGCUGUCAUGGAUCACAGAGGAUGGCUCCCUCCUGGGGGUGCCGGGGCUCAGGUUUGGGUAUUCCCACGUAACACCGGGCAGCCAUGAGCUCUCCUGGGCACAGCACGCUGCAGGGCUCCCCAGCCUUGCCCCCCAGGUGCAGUCGAAGCCCUGGAUUUCUUUGCUUUGACCUCAGCCAGGAGAGAGGGCUCUGAAUCCUCCAGGAGCCCUCCCGGGGCCCUCUGAGCGCUGGAGGUGGGGUGCAGCAGCCUUCAGACAAAAUUCGGUAACUGGGUUAGGUGCUGCAGCCCUUCCUGCAGCGAUUAGAUGGCUGCGGCCUUGGCGAUUUAGAAAAUGAGUUUGGCAGGCAGAUGGAUGGCAGUGCCAGGCAUUGUGGUUUAAUCUGCCCGUGCGGAGGAACAGCGGGGCUUUGGAGGAGGCAGCCCAGGCUGAUGCGGGCUAUUUGGUGUAAUUUAUAAUGAUGAUGUAGCAGGGAGAAAUGAAAAAAGGGGGGAGGGGGAGGGAUCAAAACUGACUGUUUGAUGUGAAAAAUCCUUAGAAAUAAAUGGAAAGAGAAUUCAGAAGCUGUGCUGCAAUAACCGAGUAGCCCAGGCUUAGCAUUAGAAGCGCAGUUGGUGCGCGCUGCAGCUGGGUGGCUCCUCCCUGGUUUUGUGGAAAGCACACACUGACGUGGGAUGAACCACGAGGAAAUAAGCAAGCUGCGAUUCGCCCUCACUGCAGAGGUUUUCCUUAGUUCAUUUAAAAGUUUUCCUUCGGAAAUCACAAAGUGCAUUUAGCCUGCUGGAGCAGUCAGUGGGUGUGGUGUUAAUGGUAUCGAGCCGAGGAAUUCGUAACAGGCUGCUCUGGGUCGCAGAAGCAUCCGAGGCACGCAGAGGUUGAGGCAGGCAGAUGAGAUGGGAAGAGGUGCCCUCAGAAACAGCGUGUGGGAUUUCUGAACAAAACGCAAUGAUUCCUCCCAUCGUUUUUAUAGCCAUUGCAUUCCUACCUUAAGAUGUUGCUGCGUUUAAUCAAUGAAGUUUUACAUGGCUAUUUGUUAGCCUGUUCUGCACAUCCUGCUCAUACUGCACAUAACGAAUAGGAUUUAUGGGCUGGGAUAUUUUGCACUUCUCAUUGCUCAGAAUGAGAUAACAUUUUCUGCUUCUUGUAAUUUGCACUUUGUGUCUUGAAUAUAUUACUGCCAAAAAUCAUAUUGCAACUAAUUGAUAAACCAGUGACCAUGCGGAGAAGCGUGUGCUGUUGUACAGGACCAAGUUAGAUAAUUAAAUUUGCAUUACGCUUGUCUGGGUUGAGGUGUUCUGGUUUGUUUAAAACUUUAUUUCUGUGCAAGGGAAAAGCAAUUAGACCUCCUGAUUGUAUGUUUACAUAUAUCACUGAAAUAAGACAUUUUAUGACUUCAAAGAUUCUAAAUAAAUCUCGGUUACCUAAGUA